AUGCACGCGCAGGAGGAGGUGCUCUGCCCCGUCCUUGGGGAGGAGAUCGGUGAGAGUGCGCGCCAGCACAGCCUGGACGUGGACGAGUCCCUCAAGAUGCUGCUGGCCGACAUCGACGGCAUGAAGGUUGGCGAUGACGGCCUCAAAUCCAAGGUGGAGCAGCUCAUGGCGGUCUUCUUCGAACACAUGACAGAGGCGCCCUUCCGCAUCUCGCUGGCGGGAGCCAUCUUGUCAGCACGCGGUUGA